AAUGAUAUAAAAGAUGGCUGACGAAGGCAAGGACGAAACUUGCGAUCAGAUGAGGCAAAAUCCCCGGCAAGUAAGUUUGUAUUACGUUGCUUUAUUUUGUUGAAGAAAAAUAUUUUCUAUAAGAAGACACUGUUACAGUAUAAAGUAAACGAAUACCAUUUUGGAGCAUAGUUAUCCAUAUUUUAUAUGUAAAAUAUGAAGCUUAUUUAAAGGAAACUAAUGCUUUGCAAAGUAAAAGGCAAACGAAGUUUGUGCUCUACAUAGUAAAUGAAACUGGUCUAAAAGAAAACAAAUAUAUUAUCGAUAUUCACUGUACGUUUAACAUUAAAGGGGCACGAAAAAAACUGAACAUUUUCAGGGUCCUCGAAACGGUGUCGAGAACUGAUACAAGCUUGAACAAUUGAUGAUUUCUGUCUAAAUCUUCUGUUUGAGGUCUUCCCAGUUUUUCAUUUUUAACCACUCUCGUUUUAUUUUCCAACGACAGUUUGAUGUAUGAGAUACAUGACCUUAAGUCUGUUUCUUCACAUGUGCCUAAUCUUAUAGUCGAUUCUAAAUGUAAAUGAGUGAGAACAAUAGAUUCAACACAGCAAAGUUAGACGUUUCAAACGAGCUUUACACCUAUAUCAUCGUUUCCUAACUCGUCGUUUUCUAGACACGUUUUAUCCAUAACCAGAAUCAUUUCCAACUUAAAGAUGUAAAAUUCUAUUUGUUGACUUCCCGACAACAUGAAGGUCUGUGGCUAUUUAAAGCCUAUAUACUCUAUAUAGUAACAUCGCCGAAACUGAAACACGCCGUAUAAUGCAUGGUGACCAGAUGAACAAUUUCACUUGUAUGUACCACGUUUUUCUCAUUUGGCAACAUUCAUUACGGCGUGGCUUUAUGAAGCUCCGAACCCUUAAGAAACUGCAAAAUAUUUUUCACGCCUAGCCGUGCAGAAAAACUUGAGAACAAGUUUAGAUUUGUUUUGACUUUGCGACCUCGUUAAGAUAUAUUUUUUUAUCUCAGUACUUAGUAGUAAGCUCCUUCAAGCAAGCAAUUAACAAAGCCAGUUCCUUCACAUGAAAAUGAAUACAACAUUAAUAGCACUUGAAACCGAAACAAAAUGCUGCUUUCAUUUUCUUUCAAAACUUAUAUGUAUAGGAUUAUAUCUUUCUCUUUUUUAGGGGUUAAACCGUGAAUAACUUGCUGUAUAGGACGUUUUUCAGAUAGUUAUUCACGUGGUCCAAAAAUACCCCAAUCAUAAGAGAAAGAAACGCAGCACUGCGAGAAGGAAAAAAUUAAAUUACCAUUUUAAUUAUGUAGGCCAGUUUCUGUUUUUCUUGUCCCAAUGCGCCCCUUGCUCUCCAGUGCGUAUGGCGGUUUGGGUGACGUGAAUGUCUAGCCGCCAAGGGUCCGACUGGUUCUUACACUGGACGAAAAAACGGAUUUACCUCUAUAGCAAAUUUGGAGCAAAUCAUCUGCAAAUGCCACAUUUGCUUAAUUUUGCUCAAUUUUGCCACAUGACAUAGGACCAACUUUGCCAUAAUUUUGCAUCAGUGGCAAAGGUGGUAAAUGCCGAAUUUGCCUCAAAUUUGCCCCGUGUGUAAAAACAAGGAUAACCUUUACUUUAUCAAGGCAUUUACAGGGGUGUCAAACUUGAUAGCAAAACUGACAUUUGUCAGGUUUUUGCCCAAAUGGGCAAAAACGAUCGAAGAUGAAUUUUUGAAUGCUUUUGCUCUCUAUAGCAAAUUCGGUCAAAGUAGUAAUUUGCCACAUUUUUGCUCAAUGUAGCAAAAGUGACCAAAACUCAUUUUUCAACAGUUUUGCCCAGGAUAGUAAAUCUGAGCAAAAAUUCACUUUAUUUGUGUAUCGCCCAGUGUAGUAAAUGAGGUCAAAUUAUCACUUCUUCCGUAUCUUUGCUCAGUGUGGUAAAUAUGAUCAAAAUAGGCGUUUGCCACUGUUUUGCUCAGGGUAGCAAAUUUGGCCAAAUACCACGUUUUUCUCAAGUUUGCUCAGGGUGGCAGAUAUGAUCAAAACAGUAGUUUCCCAUACUUUUCCCCAUUGUAGCAAAGUUCAUCAAAUAUCAGUUCUUCUGUAUCUUUGCUCAGGAUGGCAAAUAUUGCCAUGAUAGCAGUUUUCCAUACUUAAAGUAAGGUAAACAAAGUUGAUUAAAAUAUCACUUUUUUACACUUUCACUCAAGAUAGCAAAUUUGAUCAAAACAUCAUUAUCCAGAUGUUUCUUAUUUUUAUUUGGUACCAUACAUGACUCACAAACAAUUAAGACACCAAACAAAAUUUCAAGAAUAAAAUGACUUUAUUAUCUUUAAUAUACACUGUACAAUAAAAAGCAAGAUAAAUUAAAAGAAAGUUCCAUUGGCCUCUGCAGGGCACUGCAUGUACCACAAAAUAUAUGCCUUUAAAUAAAAAGCACAUACAAUGUGAAACUAUCUAAAUUCAUAAGUGUAUAAGAAUGUACAUUGGGUUUGAAAGUGCAAGUCAACACUAGCUGGUUCAUAAUUAUCUAAGGUUGGUACAGGUAAAACGUAACUCCAUUUGAGUGGUAUACUUCAAAUAUACUCUUUCUAGAUUCAAUUGAUACUAUUGGCAAAUGGUUGUACGAUGACAACAAGUACACAUCACUCCCAAUGUAGAUGUGACAUCCUUAUUAACGGACAGAACAUCAACCACAGGAAAUAAAAUUAGCCUCAAAUUAUUAUGAUAAGCGAUAUUCCUCUAAUUAUUAUUUAUAAGAACUUGUUUUCAUCUGAUAAAUAUUAUCCACUACCCAAAAUAGGCAGUGAAUAAUAUCAUAUAGUGUACCUGUGCUAUUCACUUACCCCAAGGGGAGAUACAUCUGUAUGAUUCAUUUUUAACCAAAUCAGUUAUAUAAAAAUAUUUCUUGUAAAUAAAAUGAGUUACUAUGCGAAAGCUCUGUGCAUUUCUAUGAUUUGGGUACGACUUUGAUAUAUUUUUACCCAGCAGUAAACACUUAUAAGGUUAAUUUUGUCACCUUUUUAGCAUGUACAUGUAUUUUAUUUUACAGGUGCUUCAUUUACUGCUAAACUUCUAAAACUAGCACGAAAUGACACCCCAAUUUUACUCUCAUCCUAUAGGUAGCCAAAAGCUUUUCAAGUUAUGAAAGCAAAUCUGCUAUCCACUGAUUUGGUUAAAUACUUGUAUUAUUAUUUUUAUUUUUAUUAUUUUUAUUAUUAUUAUUAUUAUAUCACUGUAAAUAAUAUGAUUUGGUGAAAUUCUUGUAUUAUUAUGUGACCAUAAAUAAUUUAUUACAUUUAUUUUUUUUUAACUAAAAUCAAAUUAUUUGCUAAAAAUUUGAGCAAUUUUUUUCUGAUUCACAUGAUCAGCUGUUUUGCAGUAUUGGACUGAUUAAAUAUGAAAAUUAUCCAAACACAAUCUAUACACUAUGAAAGCUCUGUAGAACUUCUUUAAUUCAUCAUCAUUAUUAUUGUUAUUGGCAUGCAGGUGAUUAAAAUUUAAGCCAUGCUUAUCAAAAAACUGUUAUCACAGACGGUAUUUUUUUUGUGUGCAUAAAACAUAACUGCACUCUUUUUUCAUAAAAUAUGCCAAGAACAAAAUAGGAUCAUGGCAUUUGGAGUCCAGUAAUUACUCUACUAUGGGGUGUAUUGGCUACAUUUAGUCCUCGGAGGGGCACUUUUUAAGGCAGUGCUCAGGGUAGCCCUAGGAAUCUGUCACCACUGUGGAAAGUGGAUGCAGAUGUAUCUCCAAUUACAUAUGUUGGGUGAAUGGACACGAUGACUGAAAAUACAGCUGCAUUUACAGGCUACUAGAUGGAAGGUUUUUAAAAUUCAGUAAAGUUGCCAAGUUACAGAGUGAUUCGGUGCAAACUAACAAGGACAGCUCUGCAAAGAUGGCAAAUUUUGCAGACAUUUGUCUGGUAAGGGAAAGUUUGUGGCUCCACCAUACCAUACAAAGGUCAUUGAGAUUAUGUGACUUUGUGUCAACACUUUAUUUCAAAUCGGACUAAUCACAAACAGCGUAAGAACCUAGCCAAUCACAAAACGCUGUCAUACAUGCAUGUCUUUGUGACCCAGUGGGAUUCAAACAUGAUAUUGUGCACUAAUUCUCAGACGGCAUGCUCUAUACAGAAGGUUUAGAGUGUCUGCAACACAGGCAAGAUCUUCAUGGGAUUGUGACAAAUCACUUUGACAUUUGGUAAUUUACCUAGUUUUAACGUGGCUCCUUCCCAUGGGUGUCAAAGGAUAUUCACUUACUACAUUGUAGGUCUUCAUCAAAACUCAAAAAAUUGUGCAAUUGUCUACUGAGUAAAUAUGGUUCAAGGAACUUAACUGAAAAGGAACUGAAUCAUGAUGCAUGUCAACUUCAACUUGAGUGUUAUUAUUAUUUUGUACAUUUUUAUCUAAAAUGUCUUCUUCUUUUCUGAAUGUUCUUCAAAAAAUUAUCUGUGUUAUGCUUAUGAUCAAGUUCCUUUUUCUAUUGUAAGUGGUGGGUGCCAGAGCAAACUCAGGAGCAUCGCCUGGUGCUCCUUGAUUUGAUGCUGGUCUCACUGUGUGCUCUAUUACCAUUAUUUUCACUUCAUUGACUUUGACACCAUGCAACUUUUGCGGUCCAACUGGGCCAUUAAACCAUUAACCUCAAUGCUCUGCCAGGAAAGUGGCCUUACACAGAGAUUUUCCCUGUUUGGGAGGUCCUCAUCUGAACCUGAAGAAUUACCUUCAUGCCACUCUGAUACAGCUGUUUCAGACAAAGACUCCUCUGAUGACAUAUAUGCAACGGACAUACAUGCAAGGUACUUGUCCUCGCCUGACUAACUGAUGCUAGUUGACUCCCUCAGAGCAUAUUGGCCUUUUAAUUUUUUUUUUUGAAAGAAAAUGACGAACCAUGAUUUAGCAGCCAACAAGACAUAGUAACCCACAGUUGGUAAACAAGCAUAUACUGCUCAUACUCAGUGUAAAUGAUUGGGUUGCAGAACAAUGACACGAUGCUAAAAGCUGAAAACACUCUCUUAAUCAAAGGAACAGUUUGAGGAUAUUUGUGAGAAAAAUUUCCCCUGCAUUUUAUUCCUACUAACUUUUUCAUUAAAUAUAUAAUAUGUUUUUUGGAACAGGUGUUAAAGUAGAGAGCAGAAAUGCCUCUUUCUGUUGAAUCUGCAUUUGUUUCAUUAAGACUCUUUUAAGUGUAAAUAAAGACUGAAAUAAAUUAAUUCCCCUGUCAUUCAAGAGCAGAACUGAUAGCGUCCCACAGGUCACCAGGCUCUAACAGAGCACAACCAUGACUCAACUGUACACAUAAACCGUAAAACCGGUCAGAACCUGAGAAACGUAACAUUAAGGCAACCCACAUGUUGCUUAGAACAAUAAUUGAUUAAUUGUGGUUAUUUGGCAUGAUAAAGCCAAAGCAUUUACUAGCAAAAUGAACUAACAAAGAUCCCUCAACAUCAUUGAGCUGUACAAAAGGUAUAAAUAAUGAGGUAUUGUCGUUUAAAAUGUGGAACAGUAAUACAGUGGUCACUUGGAAUGACACUUAUGCUUCAGGAUCUGGCAAGUGCCAUCAUUCGCAAAAUGAGCCAAAAUUAAGAUCUCACAAUAUCACUGACCCAUAUUUAUAAAGCGUAAGAGUUUUGGAUGGUACAAUUUAUGAAAGAAGAAUCACUUGUCAUUUAAAUGUGGAACAAUAAUGUGGUGGUCACUCAGAAUGACACAUAGGCUUCAAGAUCUGGCAUAUGCCGUCACUCGCAAAAUGAGCCAAAAUUAAGAUCUCACAAUAUCACUGAACCAUAUGUAUAAACCAUGAGAGUUUUGGAUGGUACAAUUUAUGAAAGAAGAAUCACUUGUCAUUUAAAUGUGGAACAAUAAUGUGGUGGUCACUCAGAAUGACACAUAGGCUUCAAGAUCUGGCAUAUGCCGUCACUCGCAAAAUGAGCCAAAAUUAAGAUCUCACAAUAUCACUGAACCAUAUGUAUAAACCAUGAGAGUUUUGGAUGGUACAAUUUAUGAAAGAAGAAUCACUUGUCAUUUAAAUGUGGAACAAUAAUACGGUGGUCACUCAGAAUGACACAUAGGCUUCGCUCGCAAAAUGAAAAAAAUGCCGUCAUUCGCAAAAUGAACCAAAAUUAAGAUCUCACAAUAUCACUGAACCAUAUGUAUAAACCAUAAGAGUUUUGGAUGGUACAAUUUAUGAAAGAAGAAUCACUUGUCAUUUAAAUGUGGAACAAUAAUACGGUGGUCACUCAGAAUGCCACAUUGGCUUCAAGAUCUGGCAUAUGCGGUCACUUGCAAAAUGAGCCAAAAUUAAGAUCUCACAAUAUCACUGACCCAUAUGUAUAAAGCAUAAGAGUUUUGGAUGGUACAAUUUAUGAAAGAAGAAUCACUUGUCAUUUAAAUGUGGAACAAUAAUAUGGUGGUCACUCAGAAGGACACAUAGGCUUCAAGAUCUGGCAUACGCCGUCACUCGCAAAAUGAACCAAAAUUAAGAUCUCACAAUAUCACUGAACCAUAUGUAUAAACCAUAAGAGUUUUGGAAGGUACAAUUUGUGAAAGAAAAAUCACUUGUCAUUUAAAUGUGGAACAAUAAUAUGGUGCUCACUCAGAAUGAUACAUAAGCUUCAAGAUCUGGCAUAUGCCGUCACUCGCAAAAUGAACCAAAAUUAAGAUCUCACAAUAUCACUAAACUAUAUGUAUAAACCAUAAGAGUUUUGGAUAGUACAAUUUAUGAAAGAAGAAUCAAUUGUCAUUUAAAUGUGGAACAAUAAUAAGGUGGUCACUCAGAGGGACACAUAGGCUUCAAGAUCUGGCAAGUGCGGUCACUCACAAAAUGAAAAAAAAUUAAGAUCUCACAAUAUCACUGAACCAUAUGUAUAAACCAUAAGAGUUUUGGAUGGUACAAUUUAUGAAAUAAGAAUCAUUUAUCAUUUAAAUGUGGAACAAUAAUACAAUGGUCACUCAGAAUGACACAUAUGCUUCAAGAUCUGGCAAACUUGUGCCAUUCACUUGCAAAAUGAACCAAAUUAAGAUUUCACAACAUCACUGAACCAUAAUUAUGUAUAGAUGUAAAACAAGAGUUUUUGACUGUAAAAAUUUCAAAAGGGAAAUCAUUUGUCAUUUGAAAUGUAGUAGAAUAUUAAAUAAUAAAUUAUAGUGACCACUGCUUUGUCAAGUGCUGUCACCUGAAAAGUACAGUAACCCCAAAGAUCUAACAUAUUAACUCAGCUGUACAACAAGCCAAAUUUCUGAAUUAUGGGCAUGCUAAGGUCACAUCACCGACUUAUAUUGGUGUAAAAGAAAUGUUUGCCUGCACAGCUCAAGAUCCGGCUACUUAAGAUUAUUCUAUUAAUGAAGACGAUGCGCAACAAAGAGUACAGUUAUUUCUGCAGUAAACAAAAAGGAAUCAAUCAAUGGCAUAUCUGUGCAUGCAUCUUAAAUUCUAAGAUUUAUCUUUGAGGCUUUCAGCUUACGCAAAGUUAUUAGAAAACCAAAGUAAGUAAACGAACCACGAUAUCAAGAAGAACAUACCUUUCUGCAAUCCAGCUGAGUUGAUGACUUGGAAACGGGCUUUAUGUGAAGAAUAUCGCAACUGAUCACUGUCUCUCGAAGAUAACAAAGGUAUAAAUCGUAAUAGAACAGCUGAAUAGAAAGACAGGCUUUCUAUUAUCCGAAAAUAACAAAACUACUCGUUUUGCAACGCUGUAUCGCUUGUGAAGUCCGCGUGAAUUUGAACUGUUCAACGAAAGUUUAUUUUACACUAUUCUAUUGGUUCAAAAGCCGCACGUGACAAUGUAAAUCAAAUCGCGCAUGUGCCAAAGUCACAUGGAAGCCUGGGCAACAAACAUGGCGGCUGAUCUUGCGACAGAUUGCAUUCAGGACUACAUUCACCCGGACGAUCAAACUCUGCAAUCUACUAUUGAAAUGACUCCUGGGUUCAAACCUUUCACAUAUUGUGCAUUUUGUUCACCCAAAUUGUAAAUGGUAACGUUUUACGUCAGGGCCUCCUAUUCCGAGACUUCUUGUUAUAUUUUUUUUCCGAGCCACCGACACAAUAUCAGGAAACGCAUUCGACGCUAAACGAAAAAAAAGGGGGGAUGGCCUUCCCCGAAAUAACCAGCUGCAGCAAGUAAUAUUAUAAACUUUGAGAAGAAUGUGAUGGUGAUUGAAACGGAAAAUGCAAUGGAAAAUCAAAACUUGCGUGAAAUAACACUGUGAAGUUUGGUUAAUGUGCAAACGUUGGUUAAAGUGGUCGUAAAGAUAGUUCUUUGAUCAUAUUUUGCUUAAAUUUACGCCUCUAGUAACCAUAAAUUUACACAUUAGCUUUGCUAUGCCAGAAAAUAUCAAGCAAACAUUCAGUUUUGACGCUCGAUUUUUACACACAGAACAAAAUGGUGGCAAAUUUGAAUCUAAACACCAAAUUUACUAUGGGGAGCAAAAGUGAAACAAAAUAUCUGUAAACUUGAUAUUUACUCCACAUUUACGCCACCCUUGCAGAAAAGUAAACUUUCACUUUCGAACAAAAUUUGCACCAAGAACAAAUAAGUAGCAACAUUAGUACCCUAAAUUUACAAUAGAUUUGCUCAACUAGCAAACUUAGGCAAAUCCGUUUUUUCGUCCAGUGUUAGUAGCCAUUAUUUAUGGCUUAAUUUACUGAGAUUUAAACUGUCCACCUGUCAUAAGACAGGUCAGAUCGGACAAAGUUAAAUAGCCAAUGAAAUUUAAGGAGCAAAUUUACAAACAGUUGAGUACUCGAGUACGUUGCCCUGCCUCAGCUUCAAAAGAAAACAGCACGAAAUGAACGUUCAUCCAGAGGCUGUUUUCUUCAAAAACCUGUUUAAUGCAUAAAAAUCAAUGUAUGGAUGCUUGAAACUGAAGAAAAUUACCAUGAAGCCCCUGACGGAGGCUCUGAGCUUGUUUACGAAACUAUAGACCUUUAGAUUCGCGGACAAGGACGACUACGAGUUUGAGAUUUCAGUUUUUUCGCGAAGUUGCUAAUUGUCUGUUUUUAAUUCUGCUGUUGUACCAUAACCAGUACACAUACUACGACUCCACUAAAAAAAGGGCGCUGUGCGGGAGACUAGGAUUUAACACUCUCGACAGUAAUGCCAUUUCACACCCAGAAGAGCGUAAAUCGCUGACCUUAUCUUCUACGGUCAAGCCCAUUGGGUCCGUAUACCAUCUCAAGGACUACCGCUAAAAUAGACUAGACUACAAUAUUGGAUGAGUGAAAUGAAUAACGACAUCAGAAGAGAUGGCUAAGUGCACUGUGUCGGUGAUCACAGCCGUAACAACAUUUUUUUUGAGACCCCCUCCCCCCCUUAUCUCAGGGUCUAGAUGACCACCCCCCCCCCCCUGCCUUAUCUGAAGUUCUGGAUCCGCCACUGUAUCUUUAGAUCAAUUUUGCCAUCGUGCAUCGUGCAUAAGAAACCGAUAAACUUGCGUCGAGCCUGAAUCCAUUGAGGGUGCAUAGAUCGUGCCUGUAUGGUGCCUUUAUCGAGCCCUAACCGUGCUUUAACGAGCCUUUUUCAAACAAUCAUCGAUACAUCAUCUGAGAAAAAAGCUACGGUGUUGAAAAGAGAAAGAAUGUAUAACAAUAGCCUGGGAUAAUUAAGUUUUUGAGAAAGUCAGUUUUGUAUUAAUGAGGCUAUUUUUUAACUUCACGAGUUAAAUUUACCAGCACGUUUUGUAAGGUGUUAUCCGUGCCUCUCCCUUCGCGCUUAAAUGACUUAUGGUGUUUAAAUAUGCAUGGUGCCUUCAUCGUACUCAAACGGCUCCUUCAUCGUGUUUAAAUGGUGCAUCAAGGACAAAGGCACGAUGCACGAAAUGACAAACAACUGUAACCGAGCCUCGAUGCAAUUGAUGCUUUAAAAAUUGCGUUAUAAGGCUAAAAAGGUGUUUUUUAUUGAAGAACCAUGAAAAUCCAUCGAUGAAUUUUAAUCAUAGGAGAAACUUUGGUAGAUGUGCCUCUCUACAAGCUUUGUCUAUUUUGGACAAUACCGUUUAUUAUAGUGGUGAGUGAGAUCGAAACUUAAGUAAAAAGUAGGACAAAAUGGCGUCUUUUAACUCCACCACAUUUCGUUCACAAAGAUUUCAUUAGUUUUUAGCGUUAUGCAGAAAGUAUGUACUCGCUGUAAUGCACAUUUAUUGCACGGCAAUCGUGCAGAAAAUCAAGUUGCUAUAUUUUUAAACGAGUUUAGAGGAACUGUACCAAUAAAAGUAGCUUUGGGCCAGUUUUUUUAAAAAGGUGGUGACUAACAUCGUGCGCAUGGCCAGAUGCUUACCAAAAUAACAAAAUGAGAAAUGAAUACAUGCCAAAAAUUUAAACCAAUAGAAAAUUACAAAUGUGAGGAUUUAACCUUCGCCAGGUCACCUAUACCCAACACAGAAUAACUUUAACAAAAUUACGAUUAAGCGAUCACAAACUCGCCUUAGAAACGGACCGAUACUUAAGACCUUAAAAAAACCUGAAUCGAAGAAAGAAUGUGUCCAGUUUGUAAACUAGAAAUGGAAGACGAAUAUCACUUAAAUGUAUAUGCCCCUCCAGGAAAAACAAACGUGCUAUUAGAUAACUUGAAAAAUGAUCAUCUAAUUAGAGUGAAUAAGAUGUUACCCAAUGAAAUAUUCAUGUUUUUAAUAAAUCUCCCUAGCGAGAAUUCUGAAACCCAAAAAAUAAUAGCAAGGCAUGUGUUCGAAUGCUUCAAAAUAAGAAACGAGAAGAAAGAAAAGAGUAGUGUAAAAUAUGUACAUGUGUAUGUAAUUAUCUCUAUUUGCAAUAACUUUUUGUGUAAAGUGUACUAAAUAGCUUAGCAUAGAAGAUUGUAAUUAGCUGUAACUAUAAAUUAUUUGGAAAACGGUUGGUAUACGAGCUGAUAACAGGCCCUAAAUAAAAUAUUGUCUAUUGUCUAUUGCCAAUGAACAACCCAAAAAAUAACUGUCCGCUAGCGCCUAGCUGUGAAAACGCUGUGAUAUAUACAGUAAAAACCCACAAGUAAGAACCUACAUUUUCCAGGGUUAGCCCAAACACGUCCUUACAUAAAUGGUGGUUAACAUAAAUUUAGGCUAUCUACGUUCUUAAUAGGUUCUUAAUUUCUUGCAAAAAAUUAUGUCGUUGCUAAGAAGAUUUUAGUGAUCAGCACCCUUAAAUUUGCAUACCUAAUGACUGCUUAUAUUUUAAUAUGACCAUAAUAGAGAUCUAUUCUCACAUGAAUUUUAAUUUCUUGAGUCAAAGCAACUUUAUAUACAUGAUUGUGCUGUAAAACACAACAUUAUAAACAUUUUCUCAAUGACCUCAAUCAAACAACAUUUAUAUAUGUACUAACUUGCCUUUUGCAAUCGGCAAUUAGUAAUUAAAAUAUUUUUAAAUAAGAACCUUUCUCCAAAUUUUAGGCUAAAGAGGUUCUUAUAAUUAUAGAGGGGGUCUAAAUUGCAAAUUUUAGCCUAACAGGUUCUUAAAUCUUAGGUUUUUACUCGUGGGUUUUUACUGUAUAUUUGUUGAUUCUAAGCUAGCUUAGUAUCCUCACGAAAAAUAAAUAACUUUGAAGAUGGCUGCAAUUUGGAUGGGGGGGUGUACUCCCUUUAAUGGCUUAUACGGGGAGGCUUCGCCAUAAAAGGGUACCUUAUAAAGGAGGCGUCAGGCAUAUUAAAGGGUAGAGAAUUGACGAUCUGGCCCCGAUUGUUCAAACGUUGGAUAGCGCUAUCCACCUGAUUAAUCACUAUUCAGCGGAUAAGUUUUAGGGAAACCAAUUGCGCUAUCCAGUGGAUAGAGAUUUAUCCAGUGGAUAGCGCUAUCCAGUCUUUGAACAACCGGGGCCUGAAGUAUAUGUGAGGGUAAGAAAAUCGAAUGACGUGCCUUAUGGCUAUACCAUUUAAAUAUAUUAAAAGUUAUACUAGUGGCCAAUGGUUACAUGCCGAUGAUGCAUAAAAUGAUAACAAGACUCCCUGCUUUAGCAAUUUAUUUCUAUGGUGGGCAGGUACCAUGGGGGUAGGGGUACCAUCUCUGAAUGGAAGGUAUACUACAGAGGUACUUCUUCUAUCAAAACCGGUCGAUUGAAUUAAAAGGGUGUGGGUUUGAAUCUCGGGGCGAAGCCUCCCAGCAGAAAACUAUCAUGCUCAAAACCGGACUCCCCGAUUAGCUCGCGCUGGUCACUGCUAAAAUUUGACUGAAACUGGAAACCACGUGUGAAAAGUCUCUGUCACCAAGGGUAACUUCUCACCGGAAUUGAGUUUAUUAGCGAAAACAGGUAAGUCAAUAAAGGGCUGGAUUGUUAUGGUAUAGGGUGAUAUUGAAGAUAUUUUUCCUUUGAGCAGGAAUGGAGGCCGGGGCAAUCAAGUGAUCCAAAGAACCCUAAGAAACCGGAGGAACAACGUGAGCUGGAAUUCAUGAUCAUUACCCUGGAAUUGCUGCCUCACCAGAAUGAAAAUGCAGAAAAUGGCACUUCAUCGGGCAAUGGUAAAUCGGGUUUCAGUUUCAGUGGAAUUUUAAAUUUGAGCAAGUGUCAGUUUUAUUCCUAUGACAGUUUUUGGAGAAAAAGAGGCCACGCUGGCUGAAUCAGUGUCACUGCACGCACCAGCAGAAGCUAUCGAGUCGGCCUGCCGAAUCUCGUACUGAUAUAUCUUUCAAAGCAUAACACAUGUAGUGACAAAAUUAUAACUCCUAGUAAGUUUACGUAGUAAGAUAUCGAGAUGUCCAUAUUAAGCGGUUGUCUGUAUAAGUACAGCCCCCGAAAUGAUCCCGACCCCGAAAUGCUAAUAAUCUUCACUUGCCCACAUGACAUUAAUUUGGGAUGACACUUUGAACUGGAUUAAACGCCGGAAAAUAUUAUUAUCAAAAAAAUACACAAAGUCUAGUAUAUUUUUAGGAACACCAUGAACUGCGACUGAUAAUAUCAAGAAACAUAAAAUUUUUUUAAAAAUUCUUACUUAAGUGGUUAUAGCCCGGUUUAUAGAGAAAACUGCAUAGAUGUUAAAUUCUAAAAAGUGAUGUUAAAACUGCAUGCCUUGGAUAUUGAAUUUUAAAAAUGGUGUUUUAACACUUUUUAAAAUAUUAAAAUGAUGUUGAAGAUGCAAAAGUAUACAUAAAGGCGAUUAGAUGACAAGCGCUAAAAAUCACAUUAACUGUAGCGAAAUGUUUAAUUAAGGUAAAAAAAAAAAAUACUGCAAAUACCGUGUACGAUCAAUCUUACCCAACGUCGGAUCCAAAAAGAUCGUGAUCAACCAAAAUAGAUCAAAUUGAAAACGUUACAGUCAAGAAGACUUUACCAGGUUUCAGUCUGAGUCUUGGGUUUGUUUGUAAGUACCUCAGUGCGGAGAAUGUCGGAAGCUCGUUGUAUUUGGAUCUUAAGAAAGGUUUUGUCGUAGCCGCGAUUACACUUUUCAUUCUACAGGUGAGACCCACCACAUCAAAUCUCAUAUCACUUGUGAAACUUUUAAUGUUAUCUAUUUGAUUCAAUGUCGCCUGUGUAAUCUACAAUAUAUUGGAGAAACUAAACUUCGCCUCAAAGACCGUUUUAAUGAACACAGACGACCUAUACUCAACCCUACUGGUAAUUACAUCCAUACUGCAGUUUCAGAACACUUUCUAACCAGUAAUCAUUCCGACAAUCAUAUGCUUUUGAUUCCUAUUGAAAAACUUAAAAAUGGGCGUGAUUCUUUCAGAAAAGCUCGUGAAGCCCACCUUAUCCAUAAAGCUAAGACAAUUGAGCCUCUGGGCAUCAAUAAACGUGAUGAACUGUAACUAUAUAUAGCAUAUCUUUUAUUUUUUUGUUACCUUGUCUUUUAAAGUAGCCACCAUACCACGUCAUAUUAUGUAACUUCCGGUCAUAAUUUUGCUUCAUAUAUAUUUCUGUGAAUUCGUGAUAUCUCAAUGAACCUGAUGAAGACUGGUAUUGGCCAGUCGAAAUAUCGCAGCUAAACUCUAUUUCACUUUGUUUGAUCACUCGCUGCUAAAGUCUUCUUGACUCAGACUCGUACCCAGUCGCUAUUUAAGUGUUUUUUGGAUGAGAGACGAUUAAUGGGGAUUAGGUUGAGGCGCGCGGGGGGUCUCAUGGGAAGGGAAGAAGGAAAAAUACUGUUUUUGACUGUAACGUUUUCAAUUUGUAGCGAAAUGUUAAACGCGGUAUAAGAACGUAAACGCUGCAACAGAUUUGUAAUAAUUCCGUGACGGAAUACAAGUUCCAUUCCAAGAAUUAUUUGGGGAUCAUUUCGGGGUUGACGUGAAGAGAAAUGGGGAUCAUUUCGGGGGCUGUACAUGUCCGUAGGGCAGAUUCGAUUGUAUGUCUUUUAAGUUCAUCGAGUCUUCGAGCAUUGGUUUCUCUAGGCCGAAUAACACGCUUCGAAGGGAGAGAAAUCUCUGCGAUCAUCCUCGGAGACCCAGGAGCAGAUAGUGGGGUACGAAGAAAAGUAAAGAACGGCGAGAAGAGCCCCUGGGGACAAUGUCUUACCAGACCAGUUCCAAACGGUCGCUGCCCUUCUGGAUUCUGAUUGGUGCCAGAAAGCUUUUGUGUUUUUCUGCCCAAUCAGAUGCCAGAACGGCGGCAACCGUUUGGAACUGGUCUGGUAAGACAUUGUCCCCAGGGGCUCUUCUCGCCGUUCUUUACUUUUCUUUUCGCCAAUUUUUUCCGCCCGUUUAGACUUUCCCUCGCCCCCACUAUCUGCCCCUGGGUCUCCGAGGAUGAUCGCAGAGAUUUCUCUCCCUUCGUAGCGUGUUAUUCUAGACUGUAAUUACAACAUGACAAAAAUUAAGCAACAAAGAAGGCUAAUGACCCACCUUAUAAUAAAAACUACACCUGCAAUAUUGAAUAUCAGCUCAGAGUGUUAUCAACGAUAUUUUUUAACUAGGGCUAAUUAAUGGAUGUAGGUCUAUUAGGCAUAAUAAAUACUUAUAUAGGUUUUUUUUGUCCAUUUAACAGGCCCACGACAAACGCCUCCUUCAAACACAACCAAUCAGGUUUUAGCUACUGCAGCUGUGGGGGUGGCUGCUACUGCUGUAGGUGUACUUGCCGCUCCAGUGGUUGCUGGCGCUGCUUUAGGUGCGGUUGGAUUCACUUCCGCUGGAGUAGCUGUUGGUUCUAUCGCAGCAGGUAUACAGUCAGCUGUUUAUGGUGGAUCUGUGGCUGCCGGAAGUCUGUUUGCUCUUUGUCAGAGUGCGGGUGCAACCGGAGUUAUUGGUUCAGCGGCGACAGCUGCCAUUGGUGGUGGUACUGGAUUGACCGGGAUUGCUGCAACUCUAGGGGGUUUUAGAUUAUUUGUAAGGCUCGAAUGUUUGCAUAUUUAUUAUUAUCAACGUUCCCGUAUACGACAGUAGAAUUAGAUUAAAACAAGUAUAGUCAACAACGCACCACAUUUGACUCUAAUUUGACAGUACUGACACUGAAAAAAAAAUCAGCAUAAAUCCAAACCAGCAACUAAGGAAAGAAAGAAGUUACUUCCUAAUAUGCGGUUUUGCUAUGCACGAACAGAAGACCGUGAACCGUUGGUGAACGUCGUGAAAAAUAUUCUGGAAUUAAUUUUUAUUAAUGCUGUGUCUGAUCACGACAAAAAUCAGGACCCGCGAGAAAGCCACAAAACCAUGAGGUUGUUUGGCUCACGCUUGAUUAGUUUUCCUCGCAACAUGUUUGGGGUUUUUCGAGCGACGAGCUCGCUUAGCGAAAUGUUACCUUGAACCGAAGUUUUAUAUCUUUCGUGUCAUGUGAGGCACUGGUAACUUCAUCUCCUCAGCGGAUGUCAGUAAAUAUCGACCAGAGGUCUACAAAAGUGAAAAAUCGAAAAUUCUCAAAAAAAUUCACAAAGUAGUACUAGGUAAGCUAUUAACAUAAAUGUAAUUUUUACUUCGAUCCGAUAAUUAUUUUCCACGUACGGGGGGGUUAUUGGUUUCGCGGCUCUCGGACCGGGUUUUCCAGGCCCGAGACCAUGUGUCGCAAAGAAAUCGUUUUAAAAUUCAAAUCCAUUGUAAUGCGGACAACAAAUAACUUAUUCAGAAGAGUACUUAAUUGCACACAUUCUAAGUGGUGAUUUACUCAGUUUGAACGAAAGUGUAAUAUUUUGGAGAUUUUUCAUUAUUUUCAAUAUUUUUAACGUUUUCCUUCAAUGAAAAAAUGGCAAAUUUCAAAGCCCAAAAUCGUCGACUGGUACCUCGAUUUCAGUAACGAGUCUUAUACCACGUUAAAGAGCGUUAUCUCUUCUUUCAAAACCUGUUUUCAAAACUACGGGCAACUUAAAAGAAAAUGUUUGAGGCCAAAAAAUACUAGUAGUACUUUUCUGAAAUUUGAGCUUUCCAGACUCAGCGGGUCGAUGCUAAAAACUCAGAAAAAUGCAGUAAGAAAUCAGUUUGAGCAACAGUGAUUUAACGUUAUCAGCUAUCAGAAACCAACACGUGUUUAUCGAGCGAUCUGAUAAAAUUUAAAGCCGUUUUCCAACAAGAAAAGCAGAGUUUAGCCAUCUUCUGCUACCAAACGUACGAGUGACGUAAGGUUGUCAAAGGGCAAAGCACAAUAAUAAACUUCAAAAAGCACAACGUUUCUAGAUCUGCGUCCAGGAUUAGACUUUAGCGGACAGAACAAUGCCUACGAGUGUAUGUUUCAUACCUUAGCAUGGGUUUCCUAGAUACUGGAAAUGAAAAACAUCAAGGACAGCAUCGGCAAGAGCAUCUUCGGCUGCUCUCAAACGACGGAGAUUGCGUGAGAUUGACCGCUUACCACCUGUUUUUGGGCUCGCAUUUCGACGGAACGCUUGCCUCGAGAGGCGCGCGGCACGGAUCUGAAUUCUUCUUCACGAGACAUUGAGCUGAAUUUAUCGGAAAUAUGCCACCACCACCAACAACAUGAGCUUUUUUCGGGUAUUUGUCGUUUUUUAUGCGAAAAGUUCGGGUAAGCAGAUUCUCGCAAAAACCAUUUGGCUUAAAAAAUGUGCUCAAAAGCCCACCCUGAAUUUGAAGCAAAAAGUAUUUCCUCGAAAUAAGCUAAAAAAUACCCAAUUUACGCGGUGAAAAAAUGGAUGAUUAUGGAAGGAUUAUCGAAUUCUUGCCUAACCUGAGGGAUUUCCCGUGAUGUAGGAUUAGGGCUAGGAAAAAAGCCCAUAACCUGCUGCUGUCGUUGUGAGUUUCCUCAAGAUCAAAAAUUUCAGUAAUUAUAAGAACCGAAAACAACAGCUUAAAGGAGGUGCACACACCUUGAACUAGCCAGGGAAAAGGGGCUUCUGAUUGAGCUAAACUGUCAUUGAUGCACGGUGCAAUUAGGUAGACCUGUUACUAACCCCCGCGCAACCACAUGGGGAGUACUUUGAAGCGGUCCUGUCGGGGACUUUCGGGGGUAGGGGGCGGGGCAAAUCGAAAAUAACUUCUCUUUGUUUUUGUGAAGUACAUCAUUUCUCGCACGGUUGACAAGGUGACGGCGGACUCCGUACCUUUGGAAAGGCCCUUUUGAAACAUGUCCUGGCAACAUGCAGGGCAGCACGAAAUUAACGUCAACACCUUGAAUCAACUCCAUGAACAGGGAGAGGCGAUAAGUACCAUCUUAAAAGAUGCUUGAUGUCUAGACGUGAAUAGUCUGUCCACAGUCAUUUUUCAUUUUACAUUUCGGGACCAUUUGACAGUGUACGAGUGAACCGGAGCGCAGUAACGAGCCCUAACCCCACCCCAUUGCCCUUGCGGUCAAUAAAUCAUCGCGUUGUUCUUUUUUUUUAAUGCGCGUUCGAGAACCUCCCAAGGGAAUAUUAAGGGUCUUCGUACAGUUUCAGUUUAUUUUACCGACAAAAAAGAACAAAACAAAGCAGAAGACAAGUAUACAGAAACACGCAGAAGCAAUGUGGUGAGGAAGCCCAAAAAGAAACCAUAAGGCUUAGGUCAUCCCCUUUUCUUUCGUUUAGCGUCGAAUAGGUUUCCUGGUUUUGGGUCGGUCGGUCGGUGGGGUGAAAAAAAAAAUCACAAGAAAUCUGAGAAUAGGAGGCCUUAAACACCAGCAUCAUUGCCGUGGAGACUGAAAACAACAAGACAUGGUCACCAAGUCGACACAAACUCAAUAUGGCGGAAAAUUUCAUGGUCACUUUCAUAAAAAAAAGGCCCAAAAAGGGUAAAAAGCAAAGAGGAUACACAACCGAACGUUUUAUGCCUCGAAAUGAUGUUAUAAUGCUAAUUUUUUAGAUUAAAAGAAUUAAUCUAAGUCCAAAAAAAUAAACCUUGUCGUUUCUUUUUCUUGCUUUUUUAAAAAAUGCCGAAAAACUGGGUCUUUUGGAAGACACUAAACGAAGAAAAAAUUAAUAUAGGAAUUAAGCUCCCUUAAAGUAUAAAAGUAUAAGUUUACAAGGACAGGAUCGAACGUAUACUGAGUAACUAAAUGAAAAAAAUUUGAUCAAAAUUAAAUGAAAGGCUAAGAGCCUAAGCGCUGUCUGUUAACGAAACGGUAAACAAGAAGUGCUGCCUCUCAUUUAAAAGAGACGUGAAAUACUGGGUGGACCACAUCCUGAACUCCCGCGAAAACCGCAAGAGAGGAACGCUCAGGGCUAAGGAGACUAAACAGGGGCGUAGCUACUUGUACGCACGGUUUGCACGUGCGUACCCGAAAACGUUGAGGAAAAAAAAAUAGAAUGAAAUAAACAUAACUAAAAAAAUCGGUUUCCAGAGAAGCGACGACAUUAAUUGGAGAACCGAAUCUUGGAUGAUUUAUUUAUAUAGCAAGCUUGAUGAUGUAAAGCGUGAACGCGUUGUUUUCUCCACGACCUGUCUUCGGAGUAGACGAAGUCGGGGCACAAUUACGUCAAUGUGUGGUGCUUUUGUCGGUCAAAAUAAUGUGACAAAAAGGGGUAAAAAGAGUCAUUGGUAAACUAAAGUCGGAGGUACUACAAGCUUGAUUUUUAAUAGCUGAAUUAAUGAUAAACGGUUGACGUCAAUGAACAUAACAAGCCGACAGAAUUAAAGAAUUUUAGAGGUUGUGUCAUUUCAUAAACAGCAAAAAUGCUUUUGCUUACAACCGUUAACCCCACCUUUAAUAAAGACACCUUAAAAAAAUGUUGAGAUUUGGGGGGGGGGGCAGGGGGAGGGGGGGAAGAAGAUGUAGAAAAAGUUGGGCGUACCUCCGGAAAAAUCCUCACUGCGCACCUGCUAAAGCCUGAAACUGAACAACAGGAGUCAUGAAGGAACGUCCUCAGUUAUCACCUGUCCGGGGUAGUACUUUCAAGGAAACGCUGAUCAAGAAUCAUUCAUGACGGAAUGAAAACUCCUCGUAGCUUCCAGCGAAAAAAGGAGUGACAACAGUAGUAAGUGGUCGUUCUGUGAAAUGUAACGCAAUCUUUCCCGUUUACGAUCUCUCGGCGCUUGGAUUUGAAACGUUGUUGUUUGGUAUGUUCUCCCGUGUGGAUACUUGACAUUUCGAAUAUAUGGAAACACCAUGCUAAGGUACGAACAACAGACAUUCACAACAUUGUUUUGUACGCUAAAAUCUGAUUUCAUGGACGUAAAACGUUUUGAAUUUUAAGACUUUUUAAUAUUAGUGCUUUGCCUCCCUUUGACAACUUCACGUGACUGGACUUGGAACGAGUUGACAGCUUAAAUCUGCCUUUCUUGAUAGCAAACGGCAUUAAUUUAUAUCAGAUCGCUGUAUAAACACGUCUUGGUUUCUGAAAGCUGAUAACAUGAAACCACUAUUGCUCAAACUGACUUCUUACUGUAUUUUUCCAAGUUUUUAGCGUCGGCCCGCCGCGUCUGGAAAGCUCAAAUUUCAGAAAAGUACUACUUGUAUUUUUUGGCCUCAAACAUUUUCUUUUAAGUUGCCCGUAGUUUUGAAAACAGAUUUUGAAAGAAGAGAUAACGCUCUUUAACUUGGUAUAAGAAUCGUUACUGAAAUGGAGGUACCAGUCGACGAUUUUGGGCUUUGAAAAUUGCCAUUUUUUCAUUGAACGAAAACGUUAAAAAUAUUGAAAAUAAUGAAAAAUCUCCAAAAUAUUACACUUUUUGUUCAAACUGAGUAAAUCACCCGAAUGUGUGCAAUUAAGUACUCUUCUGAAUAAGUUAUUUGUUGUCCGCAUUACAAUGGAUUUGAAUUUUAGAACGAUUUCUUUGCGACACAUGGUCUCGGGCCUGGAAAACCCGGUCCGAGAGCCGCGAAACCAAUAGAGAGAUUAAGAUUCACGUUUACGGCAUACGGCAAACGGCAAACGUCAGUUGAGAAUUUCUCAGAAUAGAAAAUAAGCAGAUAAAAACAGUCCAGAGCGAUUCUUAUGGAUAAAGCUGGCAUAAAACUACUUAUUUUUGUGUAGAAACAAUAAACAGUAAAGGGAAAAUAAGGGGAAAAACUUGGUCACGUGGUACAAAGUCACGUUUGCCGUUUGGGGUAAACGUGAAUCUUAAUCUCUCUAAUAACCCCCCCGUACGUGGAAAAUAAUUAUCGGAUCGAAGUAAAAAUUACAUUUAUGUUAAUAGCUUACCUAGUGCUACUUUGUGAGUUUUUUUGAGAAUUUUCGAUUUUUCACUUUUGUAGACCUCUGGUCGAUAUUUACUGACAUCCGCUCUUAAUAGCUCAACUGUGGACAUAUUUGGGCUCAGUGCUGUUCACGGGAGUUCUUAUUAGAGACCUUAAGAUCGAGGUUUAGCCAUUACACUUAACAUCAACCCACGGUUAGGGCGGUUAGCGGUUUCACAUUAGCCUUUUAUGCUUAUUGCAAGAAAAUUUUUGGGAUAUCAUUUUUGUCAAAUCGAAAUUACAGCGCUAAAUCGAAUACUUCAAGAAAACCGAAAAGCUUGUCAACUGAGGUUUCAGUCAGUUUCUAAUUGAAAAGCGGUUCCUUUGCGUUAGAGAAUGACGAUAAUGAUGAUGACGAUGACAAUUAUGCUGAUUUGAUGAUAAUAAAAAAAUCGCAUAAUCUUUAUUGGAGGUACAAUAAUAAGAAAUUAUAUGACUGAGGUAUUUGUGAUAUCCGAAAUAAUCAAGGUGGAGGAAACACUUACGUUAUUGAAUCCUAGAUUAUUCUAUAUAUCACAAAAACCGAAUCUAAUAACUGUUUUAUUAUACUGAUUGAAUAACAAAGAUAAUGAUCAAACAUCCGUCCAACGGAAUAAAGCUAAUUUGUAGGUUGCGCUGAUUUGCAAAAUUAAAUUGCAGGCUCUUAGCCAAUGAGAAGAUAGAUAGCGCAAUACAUGCCUUGGUAACCGUAUCUUUAUUAUUUCUAAUGCGCAUAUGAACAUAAUUGUAUGGUAUAUGCGCAUUGUAAUUUUAUAUCUAUUGCUAUUAUUAUGAUUUAUUUACAAAAAAAAAAUCAAUAGGUAUUCCGUGGCAACGAUGUUAUAGAUCACACACUGUAGACAUUUGUAUUAUGAGUCGAAUGGGUUAACGUACACAAUGGUUUAUUAAUCUGAUAUACGUAACAAGCGAAAUGAAAAUAAAACAUUUUAAAAAUCGUUAAAUUCACAGGGAAGGAGGUCCGACACCAUAAAGUUGGUGAUUUGUGGAGGCGGAGUUGGAACACAAGUGUUCUCUGGUAUUGCAUUUUCUCAAAAAGACACUGAAGUUCGAGUUCUUAGUUUGAAUGAAGAUGAUGCAAAGCGCUGGAAAACUGCACUGCAGCAAAAGCAACUUAAGGUUAUAUUUCGCUGUAAAGGGGAGGAAACCUCUCGUAUUGUAUCCAAACCAGCUCUAGUGUCAAAGAAAACAGAAGACGUAAUGGGGGAUGCUGAGAUGGUGGUAUUUAUGAUGCAGCCGUCCUGUCUUAAAUAUUAUUUAGAGGCUUUAGCAACUCACGUUAAACCUGGCACCAUUAUAGUUGGCUUACCGGGGAACCGUGAGUUUCACUUUCAAGUUCGUCACGCGCUCGGAAGGAAAGCGCAGCAAUGCACCAUCAUGAAUUUUGAGUCAUUACCUUGGACGUGUCGUACUACUGAAUGUGGAGUUGAAUAUGAGGUGACUCGUACCAUCGACACACUGCCGGGGAAAAUCAAGGUAGGCCUAGUGUCGUUUAACGAGAAAUGACUAUAACCGCUUGGAUUAUGCCAUAAACAUAAUUCUCGGACUCAUCAAUAAUUCAUGAAGAGGAAACAAAGGAAACCACUAUCGUGACACUGGUUUGGAUAUCGGAUCUUCAGUACCAUAAAAUUUUGCAAACUUUAGAUUUGAAUUUCUUCACGAAUUAUUGACUAUUUGAGAAGGUAUAUCAAAUAUUCCACUCAGUGUUAAAUCUGAUAUCCAGACACCUCGAAGUCGGGCUUAAAAAACUCGGAUGCGCCUCCUUUUUCAACCCACUUCUCGGUAUCUUGAUACCGGUUGAAACACAGCGUGUCGUGUUUGAUAUAUUACAUCACGGUCUAACUCAAACUAUGCUGUUUUACGCACUACGUUUUACGCAUUAUGAGGGCAGCAAGUGGUGGUCAAAUUGGACGAGCAAACAGAUCGAGUGCGAUUUGAAAUCACAAGAGUAUGAUUUCAGACCAAAAUGCACGACACGAAACUCGAUUACCACUUUAUCACAGCCAUUUUGAAAUCGCAGAAUUCAGUCAGUACCAAUAUUUGUUUGACCAAAUAGCCGGUUUGUUUAAAGUGUAACAAAAAGGCUUUUACAUCUCAUUUUGUACCCGAAGCAGAAAUGACUACCGCACAGGUUGUCGAAACGUCAGUCACUGUCAAAAACAACAGUCCUAUUAAGGACUACGUUCACCCGGACGAUCAAACUCAACAUACUUUUGAGAUAACUCUAUUGUUUUCCACAUAACUCUCUUGACCCACUCUGCCUGUCAGUAUUACGUCACAUAGUAACGGGCAAGAGCCUCGGGUCGCUUGUGCAUAUUAGCAAGGGAUGCGACAGUUAUUUGGACGAGCGAGGUCGAGGAAAAACUAAGAAGCUAGCAAAUAUCGCUAUAUAUCGCGUAUUUGAUCGUAUGUGUGUGAGCUUUGGUGUUGCUAUAAUCUGCUUGUGUAAACCGUUUUGAUAUUUUGUGUCCGUGAUUGUAUAAUUUUGUCAAUUUGUUUUGCGGGCCGUGUUGCGGGAUCGCCAUCUAUUUCACGGGACCGGCAAGGUCAUCAAAACUUAAAUAGUUUUUUUCUCCAAAAUAGGCAAGGUCUAUUCUCCAGAAUAGGAGGUUCCAUUCACAUGCAGAUCACGCAUGUUUAUAUUUCAUCUAUUCUUUUGAUAAUUAAAUGGGCCUAACGUCAUAUCAUUCCUUUCGACUGUGGGCCUCUGUUGAUCUCCUAAUUCUCCACCAAAUUCAGUAAAGCUAGUUCCGAUUGAUUAUCUACAUCGAGUCGGUCCGUUGAACCCGAAAUAAUGCGAAAUAGCUUUGAAUUUGAAUUCAUGAUAAAUACAGCUCCACCAGGUUCAAACAGCGUCUAUGACAGAGAAAAAUUGUUUUGAUAUGACAAAAUUCCUUUUUUAAACCAUGCGUGUCACCGUGGUGCAGUGGACAAGGAGUUGCCUGCACGUGCAGAUAAACCGGGUCCGACUCCCCGCGACGCUGUUUCUUGUUUCUUUAUACCCUUUUUUUUUCUGUUUGGUCUCUCUUUUUUUAACAUUAUUUUUCCUUUUGGCCUUUUUUUCUUUAUUCUUACUGCUGACCCUGCCGGUCAUACACUUGGAUCAAUAUAUAUUUUUAAGCUUAAAUCAGGAGUUUUAUUUUGGAAAAGGGAUUUCAAAAGCUCUUGAUCUGCAUACUGGCCGAGCUUACGACCAGAUAAAAACCAGAAGCUGUCAAGACAUGUCCCUCCUCUGAAACAGCUGAAUUCUUUUCAACGCUAGUUGACAUCAUGACAAACAACACACAGUACACCACAAACUGUACUAAUUUACACCCAACACCCACCAGUGACCCACUGGCGAAAGUUAAACUUGCCUUUUGUAUAUCGUCUUAAUCAUCAAUAUUAUUACCCUAAAAUCUCCUCUGGGUUUGCCCCUAAAAAAUAAUUAAACGAAACCUUUUAUUGGUUUUCGGGACUUGAUUACAGAAUUACAGGUGUAUGCCCAAUACAGUAUUAAAAUUCGGUAAAGCAACAAGAUUUAAUACUUAGAGUCUCUCAAAAAUACCUGUCAUUAAGCUUCCUCUUUCAACGCUACAGCUGAGCGAACUUUGAGAGGAAUGAUAUGGGGUUCCACUAGCUCUAAAGAGCUGAAAAUACGCACAAUGUAAAGUAUAAUACAUCCUUUGAUGAACCUGCUACUGCUGUGUCUAAACUCCUCAGUCUUGCUGUGCACUGGCCCUCAAAAGUGUGACCGGUUCGGUGUGAUUACCAGCAAAAUUUGCUCGACGAUAGAAAGGAAUCUUUAAAAUUCAUUACACCACUGGACAUUUCAUUCCAAAAAAAUACUUAAGUCUAGUUUUCUAUGACAACAGAAACUUUAAAAUCUCCAAAUCCAAGAAAAUGGAGCAGUAUCUCCGUGAUAAAAUCGAAAUUUUUAUCCGUCUCUUCCUGAUGAACGCUUUCCUCGCCAUUUUCAAAGUUACUGACGCGAAACGUGACGUCAUACUGGCAGGCGGACUGUACCACAGAUUCCCCCUCCCCCCCACCCCACCCCCCUCACCCCUGGGUUGGGUCAAAUUUUUAAAGUUUUUAAUGCUGUGUCUGGAAAACUUACCAAAAAAUAGUUUUUGCUCUCUGAUGAAAAUUAAAUUGUUUUAGAUCUUGUUCAUAACUCUUCAGGAGUUACAUGGAAAUAAGUUAACUUUAAAUCUUACUAAGACGAAAUCCAUGAUUAUAGGCAGUAAUAGGAAACUUGUUGGUAUUUCCUCUUUCACGUUAUCUAUUUUUGACACUGAUAUAAAUUCUGUAAGUAGUUUUAAAUAUUUGGGAGUUAUGUUGUCUUCAACUUUCACAUGGUCCGACCAUAUUGAGUAUAUUUCAUGUAAGGUUAAUAAAAACCUUGGUCUUCUACGUAGGAUUAAGUAUUAUUUACCUUAUGAUGCCCGGUUACUUUUUUAUAAUAGCUUAGUGCUACCUAUUUUUGAUUAUGCUGAUUUAGUCUGGGGUGACAAGGACAAUGUCUCACUUAUGAAGGAAUUGCAAAUUCUCCAAAACAAAGCAGCUAAGUUGAUAUUAGAUAGAUCACCUCACCCUCAUCCACCGAUGCAUUGAUUGUCUUGAGAUGGCUGAAUCUUGAAGAACGUAGGAAAUGUCAUCGAUGUAUAUAUGCAUACAAGUGUAUUAAUGGCCAACUUAAUCAUUCUUUGGACAUUGUAAGAAAGAGUGAUAUACAUUCCUACAAUACGCGCAAUAACGAUACUAUCAAGCUCCCCAAAAUUAAAUAUAAUUGGGGAAAACAACGUUCAUUGGUACCACUGUUUCAAAGACUUUAAUGAAUUAGAGAGAACUGUAAGAAACUCAGCAAGUUUUCCAAUUUUUAAGAAGUGUCUUUUUUCUGCUUUUUAUAAUUGAGUACUUGUAGUGUGUAUGUUUUAAUUAUUUCUGUAACUCGAUUUUAGCUUGAAUUUUUUUUUUUUUUUUUUUUUUUUUUUUGUAUCAUAUAUAUCGAUUUUAGCUUAACCUUUUUAUAUUUUAAUUGUAUUAUAUAAUAUACAUCUCGUAAUUAGGACCUCUAUGUAAACCACUCUUGUGAUGGAGCAUCCUAUUAAAAGAUUGUUAUUAUUAUUAGGAGCAUUUUGUUAUAAAAUUACAGAGUACAAAUCAAACCAUAGCAGAGAGGUGUUCAUUCUUUGAGAUUCAAAUGUGCAUGAAAUAUAUGUAUUUUUUUACGUUUUACCAGAGAGGAGACGUCGCUCCAAAGGAGGACCCAGUUUCCACCCUACAGUAUCUUCUGGGACCCCUCCCUAAACUGGCCGUACGGUCCAUCUGCUAAGGCCGUUUAUGCACCCCAAAGAGUAUUAUUUGUGAAGUUGACAUAAAGUGAUUUAAAAUCUAGAGAAAAAUAAUACCAAAAGUAUGUGCAGCUAACACAUGUAGCUCAGACUUUACGUUUGUAAUUAAAAUAAUAAAUUACAAUAAAAUUUAGCACCGCAGUAAAUUCUUAACUUUUGAUCGCAUCGCAACAUGAUUUAAAAUUUGCCCAAAUAUUUCGAUCGCAGCUGUACAUGUAAGUGACUUUCUUUAGUAGGAAGCUUGCAAUGAUUAAAAGGAAGCGACACGUGGCAUGACUUUUUGAGGUGAC